AUGGAAGAUAAAGUGGAAGAUGUAGGUUUAAGUUUUGGUGAUGUAGAAAAGGUAAAUGAUGAAUCAAAACAAUUAUUUGACUUUGGUGAAAAAAAAAAAAAAAAAAAAAAAAAAGAAAUAGUAGAAAAAGUAGAAGAAGUAAUAAUAGAUGGAACAGGAAAUGUUUUUGAAAGAGAUGCAGUAUAUCCAUAUGAAGAAUUAUUACAUAGAAUUCAAAAUUUAAUAAAUAAGCAUAACAUAGAUUUAUGUAUAUCAAAAAAAUAUACAAUAAAACCUCCACAAGUAGUUAGAGUAGGUUCAAAAAAAGUUGCCUGGAUUAAUUUUAAAGAUAUAUGUACAAUUAUGAAUAGAAACGAAGAACAUGUUUUUCAUUUUGUUCUGGCUGAGUUAGGAACAGAAGGAUCUAUAGCAGGAGAAGGACAACUAGUAUUAAAAGGAAAAUAUGGACCAAAACAUAUUGAAGCAUUAUUAAGAAAAUAUAUAACAGAAUAUGUAACAUGCCAAAUGUGUAAAAGUCCAAAUACUAUUAUGGAAAAGGAUAGUAGAACUAGACUUUUUCAUCAACAUUGUAAUGCUUGUGGAGCAAAAAGAUCUGUUACAACUAUCAAAAGUGGUUUCCAUGCUUUAGGAAGAGGAGAAAGAAGAAAAGCAAAACAUACUAAUUAA